GGUUGUCUUGCGAUCCCAGAUGGUUCCGCCUUCUCCACGUCCCCACGGCUUGUUUACUUCCGGGUUUUCUGUCUGACGGGUCGAUUCGGGAGCCGAGGGCAGAAUGGCGAGCUCCGCCGGGGGCCACAGGGGCCUCACAGCAGCCGAGUGGGGUGGCUUCGAGGACAACAUACAGACGGGCUCCGGGGCCGCAGUCAUUGACAUGGAGAACAUGGACGACACGUCGGGCUCCAGCUUUGAAGACAUGGGGGAGAUUCAGCAGAGGAUGAAGGAGGACGAGGAGGAGGCUGACGGGGCCCCUGAGGACGCCGAGGACGACGGGGCCUUCCUGGGAAUGAAAGGUUUCAAGGGCCAGCUGGGACGGCAGGUGGCUGAUGAGAUGUGGCAAGCUGGGAAGAGACAGGCCUCGAAGGCGUUUAACCUUUAUGCCAACAUAGACAUCCUGCGGCCAUAUUUUGACGUGGAACCCGUGCAGGUCCGGAACCGGUUGCUGGAGUCCAUGAUUCCGGUCCGGAUGAUCAGCUUCCCCCAGAAGAUCGCGGGGGAGCUGUACGGGCCGCUGAUGUUGGUGUUCACCAUGGUGGCCAUUUUGCUCCACGGAAUGAAGUCAUCUGGGACAGUCAUUAGAGAGGGCACGCUCAUGGGCACGGCUAUCGGAACGUGUUUCGGCUACUGGCUCGGAGUCUCCUCCUUUAUUUACUUUGUGGCGUAUUUGUGCAACGCUCAGAUCACGAUGCUGCAGACGCUGUCACUGCUGGGGUACGGCCUGUUUGGACACUGCAUCGUACUCUUCAUCACCUACAACAUCCACUUCCACUCGCUCUUCUAUAUGUUCUGGCUGUGCGUCGGUGGACUGUCCACGCUGCGCAUGGUGGCCGUACUGCUCUCUCGCACCGUGGGGAGCACCCAGCGGCUCGUGGUCUGUGGCACGGUGGCCGCGCUGCACAUGCUGUUCCUGCUCUACCUGCACUUCGCGUACCACAAGGUGGUGGAAGGUCUCCUCGACACGUUUGACGCCCCCAACGUCCCUCCCCCGUUCCAGCGGGUGCCACGUGACCUGUCUGUUGGCACAAACGCCAUCCUGAACGCCACGGUGCAGAUCCUCACAGGCCACGCCCGCUGAUGGCUGGCCAAUCACCGUCGCCCUCUCGGCGGCCGGGCGCAUGCAGGCACCGCGGGGGUUGGGAUGUAAGCAGUGCCCAGUGCUGUCAUUUAACCCUCUGACUUCUGAGCGUCGGAACCAAGUGACUUUAAUACCCCGCCCAGCAGUGAAGAGGUUAAUGAAUACAUCGGCCCCCCGCGGACACCCCCGGUAGCCCCCGCACGGUGUAAAGUAUCUUUAAUACACGUGUGUAGCUUAUAGUAGUGGCGAGUAUCACAUGUUCCUCCUGUUUAUAGAACUCUGAGCGUGGAUUGUGGGGCCCUCGGGCCGGGCCCCUGUGUAAUGAAGCGGCGGGGGCCACGCUGGGGGCCACGCGGCAUUGGGGUCUGCGUGUAUAUAUAUGUGUCUGUAUGUACAGACCCUACGCAGGGAUCUGUCAUUAAAACGACCACCUCUAUCCCCACGCGGGGCUUUAUUCACUGAACUGGACGCUGGAGCCCCCCACUCCCCGCCUUCACUGCAGUAUGGGGGGUCGACUCGGCCCUUCACAGGCGCAGGGGGGGGCAGCUUCAGUUAGAACCCUCCUUCUUGCCGCUACCUGUGUUGCUUUUGUGUAUUUUGGGCAGAAAGCGUCUGAUUUUCUGAAAAUAAAGGUAGAUUUGUGUAA